GAGAUUUUCAGCAUCUGGGGCAGAGGAACAAGAGCAGUGCAUUCUCUAUACCAAUGUACUGGAAUAUGAGCAGGACCAUGAUUGGCCUAAACUGUGGAAAGCCAACAUGAAGGAAAAUCCUGGUGAUGUCACAUUAGUAUCAGGUCUAGUCUCCUACCUACUCAGCCGGGCAGACCACCCAGUGGUGAAGCUGCUAAGGAAACACCAGUACCGGGUUUACAACAGACUCUACCCCAUCGUCAGUAAAGGUCUCGUCCAGAGUCCUCCACGCCCGCUGACACCUUCUCGCAGCACUCACCUUCCUCACCCAGAGAAGAAGACGACCAGAGGCAGCAGUGUUGGCGGCCAGAGCUUCAGCACGGCCUCCUCCCACUCCCCCUCACUCUCUCACGACCACUCCACCAACGAUGAGGAUGAGGUAGAGGAGGAGCUUCACUCACAGGCGACGGUGGAUCGGGAGAACUCGUUUGAAGACCUGGAGCAGUUCCUGACCCAGCUGGACCGGACCCCGCUCCACAGCAGCACAGAGGACUCGGAGGGGACCUGUGAUCCGUCGCUGCAGCCGGAGCAGGACGAGGGCAGCCUCCAGGAGCUGGAGAUGAGAGCGCUGACAGAACAUCUGAAGGCUGUGGUCAAAGACAUUCAUAUUGCAAUCGAUCAACUUCUGUCCCUAUGUUUGCUCUCCUUUGAGUGCCUCAACACAGCCAACUCUAAAGACCUGUGCCUGGCCAGCAUAGAGGAAGCCUUCUUCACGCCACUCUGGAGCGUGCUGGUGGCUCUCUUCAGGAGGGUCUACAGAGAAAGGGAGCAGGCCUUUGAGAUGAGUAUGAAGCUGUACCAGGAUGUUUCACCUGGAGAUGUUGGUGUUCCCUCCAAACUAUUCCCCGAAGACUCUGACGCCCAGCAAGGUUCCUACCCAUAUGAGUCUGCUGUGCAGGAACUGAAGCUUCUGCUCAAAGACUGCUGUCCACAGAGGAAGUUGGAAUGCAUUGGUGAGUCACAUUGUGUUGUUUUAUUCUCCCUCACCCAAGACUGA